AUGGACACCAUGCAGUCGCUGCGCUUCAUCUCCGCGGAGGCCCUGGUGUCCCACCCCCCGGGGGCCCAGCAGAGCCUGGACGCCGUGGCCCACAAUCUAUAUCCACUGCUCUUCAAAGCCAGCUACCUGCUGGAGCAGUCCGCUGUGAUCCGCCUUCUGCUGGAGCGCUGGCCGCUGGAGGAGUUCCGGCUGGGCCCUCUGCUGGGUCCGAGUGCAGACCAUGCGGGGGACCUGCGGGACCGGGCCUGCCGGGCCUGCCUGGAGGCCUGCGUGCACGGCCUGGCCGACCAUUUGCUCCAGGGUGGGGGCCGCCGGCGGCUGCGGGUGGCCGACCUCACGGGCAUCCGAGAUGUGCAGGUGCAGAGGUGCCCCUGUGGGCGGGCACUGGGCAGGUGGGGCCGGACAGAGCUGCUGGCCAGGACCUGCUGUGAGCUGCAGUCGCAGCCCUGCGCCGCCCGGCACCCCGUUGAGGUCCUGGCCGAUGUCUUCAUCACUGCGGGCAACUUUGAGGUAGUGGCACGUGCCCUGGGCCCGGUGGGCCCCAGCCCUCUGCGCGUGCGCUGCCUCUCACUGCGGGCAGAUAGCCUGGACCCCGGGCAGCUGCUGCACGUGCUGCGCCUGGCAGGGCCUCGCGAGCUGCGCCGUCUGGAGGUGGUGCACAACGUGCGUCUGCACGCGGGCCAUGUGCAGCAACUUCUGGCCCAGGGGGGCUUCCCGCGGCUGGUCUCGCUCACCCUGCCCGCCAAGGCCUUUGACGCACCCCCAGCCGGCACCCCCGCCCCCGACAGCAGGGAGCCACUGCUCGCCUCCAUCUCCCAGGCACUCAGUGGGAUGACGCAGCUCACAGAGCUGCACGUGGCCUUCUCCACGCUGACCGGGAAGCUGCAGACACUGCUUGGCCCCCUCCGGACGCCACUGAGAGUGCUGGACGUGGGCAACUGCGCCCUGAACCACGAGGACAUGACCUUCUUGGCGAACUGCAUCCACGCAGCCCACCUGGAGGUGCUGGACCUCAGUGGGCAUUGCCUGGUGGACCUGUUCCCUGCCACCUUCCACCGGCUGCUGGGCCAGGCCGCCCCCACGCUAAGGGCCCUGACCCUGGAGGAGUGCGGCCUCGAGGACCGGCACGUGGGCGCGCUGAGCCUGGCGCUGGGCACCUGCCGCCGGCUGCAGGAGCUGCGCUUCCUGGGGAACCCGCUGUCGGGCCGCGCGCUCCGGCGCCUCUUCGCCGCGCUCUGCGAGCUCCCCCGGCUGCGGUGCGUGGAGUUCCCGGUGCCCCGGGACUGCUACCCCGAGGGCAGCGCCUACCCCCAGGACGAGCUGGCCAUGUCCAAGUUCGACCAGCAGAAAUACGACGCCAUUGCGGCAGACCUGCGCGCGGUGCUGCAGCGCGCCGGCCGGGACGACAUCCAGGUCUCCACACCCCUCUUUGGGAGUUUCGACCCGGACAUUCAGGAAACCAGCAAUGAACUCGGAGCUUUCUUGCUGCAAGCUUUCAAAACCGCUCUAGAAAACUUCUCCAGAGUGCUGAAGCAGAUGGAGUAG